ACUAGUCAUUGUAGAACAUGCCGGAUUCCAAGUACUUCUCUACCACAAACCGUGGUGAACUCUUUGAACUUAAGCAGCAGUUAAACUCUCAUAGUAAUCGUUCAAAAAGAGACGCACUAAAGCAAGUUAUAGCCUCCAUGACAGUUGGCAAAGAUGUUUCGUCUCUCUUUACAGACGUCCUCAAUUGUAUGCAGACCGUGGAUUUGGAGUUGAAGAAGCUUGUUUAUUUGUACCUCAUAAACUAUGCAAAGACUCAGCCAGACUUGGCAAUUUUGGCGGUUAACACUUUUGUGAAAGACGCUAGUGAUCCCAAUCCGUUGAUACGGACUUUGGCCCUCCGAACGAUGGGCUGUAUUCAAUUAACUAGAAUUUCUGAGUAUUUAUGCGAACCGCUUAGGCGUGCUUUAAAGGACGCAGACCCCUAUGUUCGCAAGACUGCAGCCAUUUGUGUGGCAAAGUUAUACGAAGUUGAUCCUGCUCUGGUUUCAGAAUACGGAUUUAUUGGUGUUCUGAAAGAACUUAUACUAGAUAGCAGUCCAAUGGUAGUUGCGAAUGCCAUUGCGGCCUUGGGUGAGAUAGACGAUUCACUUCCUGGUACACUGGAGCUUAGGCCUAAUCUUGUUUCUGGACUUUUACAGUGUCUCAAUGACUGUAGCGAGUGGGGUCAGAUAUUUAUUAUUGAUGCGGUGUCUAGUUAUGUACCUUCGGGAACAGAGGAAGCUGAGAGUAUUAUCGAAAGAUUACUUCCUCGUUUACAACACGCCAAUGCAGCAGUUGUUCUUUCAAGCAUGAAAGUUAUCGUGAAGAAUUUAAAAUACAUAAAAUCUGUUGAAUUUGCUCGGAUGGUUCAAAAGAAGUUGGGUGCACCACUAGUUACUUUGGUUAGUGCAGAACCUGAAGUACAAUAUGUAGCUCUGAGAAAUAUCAAUCUUCUUGUCAGGAAGUACCCGGAAAUAUUACAGAACGAAUUCAAGGCUUUUUUUUGUAAAUACAAUGAUCCUCCUUAUAUCAAAGAAGAAAAGCUAGAAAUCCUCGUAAGACUUGCAAAUGAUGACAAUGCAACGAAAAUUAUUUCUGAAUGUAAAGAAUAUGCCGCAGAAGUCGAUGUCGGAUUUGUUCGAGCUUCUAUACGUGCAAUUGGUCGAAUUGCUUUGAAGAUAGAAGCAGCUGCCAACAAAUGUGUGGAGUGCUUACUUGAUCUUGUGCGCACCAGAGUAGUUUAUGUGGUUCAAGAAUCCAUUGUAGUAAUGAAGGAUAUUAUGAGAAGGUAUCCCAAUGAGUUUGAAGGUGCCAUUCCUGUAUUAUGUGAAAAUUUGGAGGCAUUGGAUGAGCCGAAUGCUCGCGCCUCGUUGAUUUGGAUUAUUGGUGAAUAUGCCGACCGAAUUGAGAAUAUUGUUGAACUUGUUGAAAGUUUUCUGGAAAAUUUCCAAGACGAAUCGGUGCAAGUUCAGCAACAGCUUCUUACAUGUGCGACAAAAGUUUAUUUAAAAUGCAAUGGUUCUUGUAAAGUGUCGUUGGAGAAGAUUUUAAAUGAUAGCAUGAAAAACUCGGACAAUGCAGACCUUCGUGACAGAGCAUUCUUCUAUUCAAGACUUCUUCAAACGGAUAAAGAACUUGCAAAGUCGGUUGUUCUCUCACGCAAACCUCGCAUAGUGAAUAGUCAACAAGAUCUUGAUGAUUCUCUACUGAACACGUUAUUGGAUGAAAUGGGAAGUCUUGCAAGUGUUUUUCAUCGGUCGCCUCAUGUUUUUCUAGCGAAUUCGAAACCUCUUCCACAAGUCUCCGUAGUGGAUGAAGAAUGGAAAGAGCAGAAUUCUGAAGUCCUAUCUGAUGAUAUUUUGGAGCUUUCUUUGUCAGAUAAACAACAAGUCGCAGACAUUAACCACGGUAUUGGAAAGAGUUCUGUGGAUGAGUUGUUUGACUUGAGAGGAGCAGAGCCAACAUCCUCUCAGAAAUCAAGUGAGCAGAACAACGAUUUAUUGUCUUUGAUUGAUGAUCUUUUUUCCAAUUCUGCAACACAGAAGAAUACUGCUGUUUCUUCAGAACAUUAUGAGAGCCCUGAAAAACGAGUAAGACUAUUGUUGCCAGCUUCAAAAGCUAGAGGUUUAGAAAUUUCUGGUGUUUUUACCAUCGAAGGCGACAAAGUUCAAUAUAUUUUAAAGCUGCAGAAUGAAUCAAAUGAAACAAUGCGAGAGAACGCCAUUCAAUUCAACAAGAAUCUAUUAGGAAUGAUUCCUUCACGUUCAAAGUUAGAUGUUGACCAGUUGAAACCUAAGGAGAGCGUGAUAUGCAAGAUCGACCUGAGGUAUGUACCGUCUGAAAAGGAUUCCAAAAAGGGCUUGAUCUUUCAGAUGGCUCUGAAAAAUGAUAUUUGUGGCGUGGUUUACUUUGGAGACAAAUUGGAUGAGUCCAAUUUGAUCGUAUUUCUUCAGGCAGAACAUAUUGGAAAAUUAUCGAAACAAGCAUUUCUUGACGAAUGGAACAAUAUUGGAAGUAGUCAUGAAGUUGUCAAACGAAUUUCAGUUCCAACAGGUGUUUCUCUUCCUGGUUAUUUUGUCGAAAAGUUGUAUCCAUUGAAAGUUUUCCAAGUUGCAAGUUCGCCAUCAAGACUUUGCUAUUUUUCCGCACGCGUUAUGGAAGAAAUAUUCAUCUUAGUGGAACUUCAUUGGACAGAUAAAAGCAAUGAUGUGGAGCUUUCGUUGCGUUGUAACAGCGUAGUUGAGCUUUUGCGAAUAUUUGAGCAUCUAAUAGAAAGAGCUUUGAGCAAAUAAAAUUGACGGCUUGUUAACUCUUUGAGUUGGUUUGAUUAGUUGAACCAUAACUCACGUGAACUAUGAUUUCCGAACGAUGUAGCUCAGGAAAAGUAUAAGAGUCCAAAGUUGAAAACUAGUUGGUAACUGCUUUCCACAAAUUGUACAAAUUAGAUUCUUUCUGAGUCUGUCAUCUUUCCAAUCUUUCAAAGCUACAGCUGUUAGCGAAACUUUUUGAGUCACAACUUAUGAACUUCUCGUUGUAGAUGCUGCGUAAAUUUUGAAAAGCCAUUCGUCCUAGUGUUCUACGUUAUUUUUUGAGGCCUUUGAAGUUCUUUUGUCCUUUCUUCCUAAUUGGCAAUAAUUGUUUAUCAUGUAAGGUGAUGUUUACAUUUGAGGUAAGACUAAAGGAGCUUGAAAUUGUCUGCAGUUUUUAUAAAAAGCUUUUUUCUGAGAAACUUUGCUCUUGCUGUUUUCGGUAUUGCCGAGAACUCUUGGUUUGAGUAUUAUUCUCUCUGUAAAAAGUCUCAGUACGCUGAAACGAUUGUUUCAAAUUCUUCACAAAAGUCAGAAGUCCUGAUCUUUGAGAACGAUUGCUUUUGGCAUACGAGCAGGAGAUUCAUAGUACAAACAGCCCAUAAAGUUUCAACCCAUAAACUUUUGCUCCAUUGG